AUGGCCACUGAUGACGGACACGCGGUAUAUAAAAUGUUCAACGAUGCAAACUUCACCAAGGUAUAUGCGGAGAGUGCCGAGAAGAUGACCGGGCACUUUGCCGAUCUGCUCAUCAAACAAUCAAAGUUGGACGAAGUGUCUGAGAAUGAGGAGUUGGUAGUGCUGGACCAGGCUUGUGGGACGGGAAUUGUCUCGGAGCACCUAGUCAAAAUGUUGAAUAACAAGCAAAGAGCCGACCUGGACCUCACCUGCGCAGAUUUCUCGGACACUAUGAUCGAAUUCGUUGGUCCGCGGAUUCGUGGGUUCGGGGUCAAAAGUGCCCAUGCCGUCAAAGCAGAUGUCAUGGACACCAAACUCCCCAGCAACAAAUUUAGCCAUGUUUUUCUCAACUUUGGACCCAUGAUUUUCUCAGACUGGAAGGUCGGCAUGACCGAAACCCACCGCAUUUUGCAGCCUGGCGGCACUUUGGCCAUGUCUUCAUGGAUGGUACUCGGCUGGUACGACGAUGUGAAAGAUGCCUUUGCCACAGAUCCAGAAAUCCCCUCGUUCCCGUCAAUAAAGCAACUUUGUGAGCUAAUCAACUCGGAUGGGCGAUGGAGUGAGGUGGACUGGAUUCGAGACAAUGUGGCACAAAUUGGGUUUGUUGAUGUGGAUGUGCGAGAGGCGCCCCAUACCAGCAUAUUAAGUGGCGUUGACCAGUUCACCCGCUUGAUGACUGGCAUGGUGGGUUUGGUGCAGCAAAAGACAUGGACCGCGGAGGAACUGGAGAAAUACAGAGACAGGGCGACGAAUGCUGUGGUGUCCUACAUGAGACAAAAGUACGGUGACGGGGAGAUCAAGUGGGACUGGGUCGCCAUUCUGACUACUGCCAGGAAGGCUGGGCCAGCAUGA